GGUACACGACUCAGAAGUUUCAAACAACUUGAGACCCGCAGAUAAUCUUUCUGUUGUGAAGCUCGAAGAUGAACGGAUGGUGGAUCAUGUAUGGAACGGUCCGAAAAGAACAUAUAUAUCAAGAACUUGAGGCCUGCUGGAUAUCAUCAACAAGCCCUCUUUGACACUUGUCGAGCACUUUCUUUAAGAAAACCCUUUCAGGCUUUCGCACUUUUCGUUCAUUCUCUCCAUACCCUAGCGGUAUUCGUACGUUCUUUUGGCAGCGCCAGUCCAUCAUCCAUCAGCACAUUCUUUCUGUAUCAACUUUCACGACAACAGCUCCCAAUCCUUGAUACUUGUCAACAACUUCCAACAUGAGGUCCGCUAUCAUCCUCGCUCUCACGAGCUCAACGCUCGCUAUGCCCUUCGGCAAUGUCAUCGACACCAUUUUUGGCACCUCCUAUGAGGCUCGCCACGUCCCUGCGCCUGACCAGAUUCCCGCUUUCCAUGCUAUCGGGACAGUCUCCGGAACGGGCUUCAUCUUUCCAACAGCUACCGGGGCUUCCCCCACUGGGCGGCCUCAUGGUACUGGCUCUCGGCCUGGUCAUGGUCACAAGACCAAGACCAAGACCAAGUCCAAGACCAAGAGCUUGGCGAUUGAUUAUGAGCUCGCGCCUACCGCAGUACCCAAUAUUGGGGAUGUGAAGAGGCAGGCCGGGAGUGGGUCCUCGCUGCCUAGUUUCACGCUCUUGGAUCCCAGUGAUGCUGUACCGGGUGUGCCUAAGCCUACAGGCACAAAGAGCUCCGCGAGGCCGCGCCCUACGAAAGGCCCUGGGUCCCGGGUCCCUUCGUCGACAGCCAAGUCGUCUCUGCCCUCCCCAACGGAGGCCCCUGGUUCCCCGACACCUACUGAGGAUCCUGAAUCUUCCAUCCCAUUCCCAACACCUACCGACGAACCCUCCCUACCCUCCCCAACGGACGACCCCGAGUCGCCCUUCCCCACCGAAGAGCCACCAUUCCCAACUGCCACCGGUCAGCCUGAGUUCCCAUUCCCGACUGGAGAUUUCCCAAUCCCGACUGGUGGAUUCCCAAUCCCGACGGGCGGUUUCCCCUUCCCUACUGGCGGUUUCCCUGGCUCACGCAUCCCGGGUCGCCCCACUACACUUAAGACUUUGACGCGUGGUCCUCGACCUACCGCUGUGCCGGAGCAAACAGGCCUUCCGGGCGGUGACGAAGAUGGAGAGACAGGAACCGGUGAUGCGCAGGGUUUCUUGGAGUGGCUUCAGGGCAUGUUCGGUGGGGCAAAGGGGAAUUAGAAGAAUAUGAUAGAGGAGUAGAUGAAGUAUAGAGAACUUUGGAAGAUGGGAGGAAUUCGGAGAGACGGGAGAUGGGAGAUUUACACAGAUACACGUCUUGAUGACGCUUCACUUCACUUCGAUACACAUACUUUCAAAUAAAACACAUUAGACUAGACAGAACAUGACUUUGCAACUUGGUCGUGAAGAAAAGCGUGUUA